GAUCCCUGGAGGCGGCGGCGCGCGGGCGCGCGUGUGAGCGGCCGAGCGCGCCGGGUAUUGGCAGCGGCCGAGUGGAGGCUGGGCGGCUCCGACUCCCUGACGCCAGCGCGACCAGAUCAAUCCAGGCUCCGGGAGGAAGCAGGCGAGCGGCGCGGCCGACGCACCGCCCGCGAGCCGCAGCGCCCGGCCCGCCGCUCCCGGGCCCGCGGGACCCCCCCGGCCCGCCCCGCGCGCCCGCCCCGCGCGCCCCGGCCGCCGGGCGCGCCGCCGAGCCGGGCGUUGACCCUGGUUCAUCUGCGGGACGCCCCCGGCAUGGUCAUCUCGGCUCUCGGGGACCUCCAGGCACUGACACCCUGCAGCCGCCUAUGUGAGUAGAGGGGACGGGUCCCGCGUCCCCGCCAGCAGAGGCGCCCUUGUCGCGUCCCCGCGCCCAGGAGGAGGAGCUCCCCGCUCGGGCCAGCGCUAUGAACGUGACCAGCCUGUUCUCCUUCACGAGCCCGGCCGUGAAGAGACUGCUGGGGUGGAAACAGGGCGACGAGGAGGAGAAAUGGGCCGAGAAGGCGGUGGACGCCCUGGUGAAGAAGCUGAAGAAGAAGAAGGGCGCCAUGGAGGAGCUGGAGAAGGCCCUGAGCUGCCCGGGCCAGCCCAGCAACUGCGUGACCAUCCCCCGCUCCCUGGACGGGCGGCUGCAGGUGUCGCACCGCAAGGGGCUGCCCCACGUCAUCUACUGCCGCGUGUGGCGCUGGCCUGACCUGCAGAGCCACCAUGAACUGAAGCCCCUGGAGUGCUGCGAGUUCCCCUUCGGCUCCAAGCAGAAGGAGGUGUGCAUCAACCCCUACCACUACAAGCGCGUCGAGAGCCCGGUUCUGCCCCCAGUGCUGGUCCCGCGCCACAGUGAAUACAACCCCCAGCACAGCCUCCUGGCGCAGUUCCGGAACCUGGGCCAGAACGAGCCGCACAUGCCCCUCAACGCCACGUUCCCGGACUCCUUCCAGCAGCCCAACAGCCACCCGUUCCCGCACUCGCCCAGCGCCAGCUACCCCAACUCCCCCGGGAGCAGCAGCAGCACCUACCCGCACUCGCCCACCAGCUCCGACCCCGGCAGCCCGUUCCAGAUGCCAGCUGAUACACCCCCGCCUGCUUACCUGCCCCCCGAGGACCCCAUGAGCCAGGACGGCUCGCAGCCCAUGGACACGAACCUGAUGGCCCCCGCGCUGCCGUCAGAAGUCAGCCGAGGAAGUGUCCAGGCCGUGGCGUACGAGGAGCCCAAACACUGGUGCUCUAUUGUCUACUAUGAGCUCAACAACCGUGUGGGCGAAGCGUUCCACGCCUCCUCCACCAGCGUGUUGGUGGACGGCUUCACCGACCCGUCCAACAACAAGAACCGCUUCUGCCUCGGGCUGCUCUCCAAUGUCAACCGCAACUCCACCAUCGAAAACACCAGGCGGCACAUCGGGAAAGGCGUGCACCUCUACUACGUGGGCGGGGAGGUCUACGCCGAGUGCCUCAGCGACAGCAGCAUCUUUGUGCAAAGUCGGAACUGCAACUACCAUCACGGAUUUCACCCCACGACCGUUUGCAAGAUCCCGAGUGGCUGCAGCUUGAAAAUUUUCAACAACCAGGAAUUUGCUCAGCUCUUGGCGCAGUCUGUGAACCACGGCUUCGAGACGGUCUACGAACUCACCAAAAUGUGCACCAUCCGCAUGAGCUUCGUGAAGGGCUGGGGAGCGGAGUACCACCGCCAGGAUGUCACGAGCACCCCCUGCUGGAUUGAGAUCCAUCUGCACGGACCCCUCCAGUGGCUGGAUAAAGUCCUCACCCAGAUGGGCUCGCCACAUAACCCCAUUUCCUCCGUGUCCUAAACCACCGCUGGCUGCUGCCUCUGGCGAACUCUUGAGCCUUGCACGUACUUGAAGGAUGGACGAAACGGACACCGGACGGACAGACAGACAGACAGACAGACAGACAGACAGACAGACAGACGGGAUGGAGAACUGCCAAGGAGUCUCGAUUAUACUUGACCUCUGUGACCAACUGUUGGAUUCUGAAAUUUACAAACCGUGGUAACAUACUGUUGAUCUCAAGAACCUGUUAAGUUUACAUGGUAACAUUCUAUUGUAAAACCGCCCUAAAAGCAGACUCCCAGCGGACUGGGCCUCUAAAGGAAAGAGGGAGAGACGGUCAAGCCAAGGACAAAUCAGGUGAUCAGAAAACCAGUCCUAAGGGUUGCUUUCCCCCCCCCCCUUCUGUUUGGCACUUUAAGAUCAUCAUCUGGCAAAAGUUUCGCAUUAAUAGCUCUCCUGGAGUGUGUUUUUAUCAGGUUUGGAGCCCAUGCUGAGUUGGUUCCCCCCCCCCCAUGGGAUUUCAUGAUCUUUUAAAAUUGUUGGUUUAGUCAUGGGUUUCUGUUUGUUUUUUUAAGUAAAGGUUAAUCUCGAUGCUAUACAUAGUAAUCUUUCUAAAAAUGGUAUGCUGACAAUACUGCAGUCAAAAUAAUGUUAGGCAUAUGCUCUUUGCAAAAUAUAUAUGUACAGAAUAUUUGGACGUUAAGAGUUGAUUAGGCUAGUGGGCUUAGGCAGAUUGGAGGGGCGGGGGGGUGGGAGGUGCCAGGCACAGUUGUAGAAUAUCCUGUAAAAAGUCCGUUGGUUGCUUUAAAGAAACUAACUGAUGUCUGAGUUUUGCUGUGUUUCCAUUUUUUUUAAAAAAAAAGAGAUUUUACCCUGUACCGCACCCCCCAAACCCUCCCCCCACCACAUCUAUUCUCUCCAAAACAGCACUUUUGCAGUUGGUUAUUUCAGCUAACUGUGAGAGCAAAUGAAUAAUUCCUGCUAUUCUAAAUUGUACUGCCUCUGUGUUUCAAUACCAAUCGUACUGAGGGCUGGAUCUUAAUCAGCAGGUUUUUAUGGCGCUUACAGUACAGGAAUAGGCUUUCAUUUUCACACCAGUGGUUUGCCAAACCGAGGGACUCUGUUAAAUAUUUGAAAGAUUUAAAGAACAUCUGCUUAAAUCCGUUUCAAACUUAAUUUCUUUGUACUAUGGUUGUUUUAUUUUCCUUCUGCUAAUCUUUUAUAUUUACUUAAUGCUCUCAUCCAUUGAAUACUUUUAUUCCCAAACUAGUGGGGGUUUCUCUACUGGAGAUUUUAAAUAAACCUGUCAUUAUUGCUUA